AUGGAGCUCGACACCGAUGUCCUCAUCAUCGGGGCCGGCAUGUCCGGUCUCGGCCUCGCUGUCCAGCUGGUUCGAUCAUACGGGCACCGACGCUUCGAGAUUGUCGAAAAGGCAGAGCAUCUCGGAGGCACUUGGUGGACAAACUCGUACCCCGGGUGCGGAGUGGACGUUGUCGCGCACUACUACGCCUACUCGUUCUGCAUGAACCCAAACUGGUCCAGGAAGUAUCCUCUCCAGCCAGAGAUCCUCGCCUACUUUGAACGUGUCGCGGCCAAGUACGACAUCGAAAAGCAUAUCCGGUUUCAGUCCAAGGUGGAAUCGGCCCACUGGGAGGAAUCGUCCGGCACAUGGCUGGUCGACGUCAGGAACCUGCGUACCUCGGAGACGUACCAGCGUCGCUGCAAGAUUCUCGUCUCCGCUGUUGGAAUCCUCUCGCAGCCCAACGACUGCGACAUUAGGGGCCAUGCGUCCUUCAAGGGCCGCCUGUUUCACAGCACGCAGUGGGAUCACUUAUUUGAUUGGAAUAGCAAGAGCGUCGUCGUUAUCGGAAAUGGCUGCAGUGGAAGCCAGAUCGUGCCGGCCAUAAGCGAAGGCGACAGGGCAGCCGCAAAAGUCACCCAAUUCGCCCGUCAGGCGCAAUGGGUCUUCGAGCGGCCCAACCCGGAAUACUCAAAGGCGUUCCAGUUCGUCAUGCGCUGGACUCCCUUUGCCAUGCGGCUAUACCGAUUCAUGCACAACUACUACGCCGAGAUGGACUUUAAGAGCUUCCCCACGCUCAGCGGCGCCGCGAUCCGCGAGAUGUACGCAACUUACCAGGGCGCGUACAUCCGCAGGGUCUCCCCCGAGAAAUAUCACGGCUUCCUCGUGCCCAAGUCAGAGGUCGGCUGCAAGAGGCGCGUCAUGGACUCGGAGUACCUGGAGAGUCUGGGCCGUGACAACGUGGAGCUCGUGUACGACGACCCGAUCGAGGAGAUUGUCGAGGACGGAGUGCGCACAAAUUCCGGCCGGCUCGUGGAGGCAGAUGCCAUCGUCCUGGCCAACGGGUUCCAGGUUCAGAAGCCGCUUCUGACGCUGAACCUGCACGGUCGGGGCGGAGUCAGUGUUGCUGAGCAUUGGGAAAAUUUUAGUGAAGGCGCGGCUUCUGCCUAUUUCGGAACCUGCCUCUCCCAGUUCCCAAACUACUUCAUCCUGAUGGGCCCCAACACCGCCAGCGGUCACGGCUCCGUCUCUUACAUCACAGAGUGCCAGAUCAACUUUACCAUGAGGGUUAUCAAACCUGUCUUGAAAGCGCUCAAAGCGCAGAGAUCCCGUUUGCCCGUACUCGGAUCAGCGACCGACGUCGUCGAGGUGCAGCAGGGCGCCGAGAAGCAAGACAUUGACAACGUCCAGGAGAGGGUCAAGGACCUGGUCUGGUCCUCGGGCUGCACCUCCUGGGCGCUGGACGAGACAACGAGGCGUAACACGACAAUGUACCCUGAUUUUCAAUACCGCUACUGGCUCAGGAGCGUGUUCGUCCCCUGGAAAGACUUUGAGUUUUCCAGAUCGUCUGUCCUUGAAGAGUCACUCGCGGGCAAGUCCGUCGGUUUGGGAACGUGGGCUACUCUGUUCGCUGGCGUGUCUCUCGCCGCGGCGGUCUUCUCCUUCGGCGUUCCGGGGCUCAAUGCAACAUAUGACUACAUUGUUAUCGGUGGUGGCAACGCCGGCUUGACUCUCGCUACCCGUCUUGCUGAGCAGCAGGGAGGCAGCGUGGCGGUGGUAGAAGCCGGCACUUUCUACGAGACUGGCAACGGAAAUCGCAGCCAAGUGCCGUUCUUCGACCACUACUACAUUUCCAAGGCCAAGGAUGACUAUCAGCCGUUGGUAGAUUGGGGAUACGUGACUAAAGCACAAAAGAAUGCGUACGACGUUGAGCUGCAUUACGCACGUGGAAAAUGCCUUGGCGGUUCGUCCGCGCGAAAUUACAUGAUCUACCAGCGAGCCAACAAAAAUGCGUACAAGCGCUGGGCGCAAGCGGUCGGAGACGACAGCUACACGUUCGACAACUUCUUGCCAUUCUUCAACAAGGGCAUUUGCUUCACUCCACCAAACAAUGAGCUCCGUUUUGCCAACUCGACCCCGUCCUACGACGCGUCUGUGAUGGGCAAUUGCUCAGGCCCCUUGUCGGUCACUUACUCUAACUACGCUCACUCAUUCGCCUCAUGGUCCGUGAACGGUCUCAAGGCCAUGGGCUUGAAGAUGUUUCCCGGCUUUGCAAGCGGCUCACUCGUGUCUGGUCAAUCCUAUGUCAUGUCGGCAAUUUCUGCGAAAGACCAGAUUCGCGACUCGUCUGAGACCUCGUUCAUGAGGAAGGCGUUGGAUCUGCCCAAUUACGCGGCAUACGUCCUGACCCAAGCCAAAAAGAUCACCUUCUCCCGUGAUAAGAAAGCCAAUGGCGUCUGGGUCGACACGCUCGGUUCGCGCUAUCAUCUCACCGCUACCAAAGAGGUCAUCGUGUCUGCCGGCACAUUCGCUUCACCUCAGCUUCUCAUGGUCUCAGGCGUUGGCCCGGCGGACGCUCUGAAGAAGCUAGACAUUCUCGUCGUCGCCGACCGUCCAGGCGUGGGACAAGGGAUGCAGGAUCACCUCUACUUUGGCCCAUCAUACCGCGUAAAAGGUCUGACAACCUCCUCGCUUCUCAACCCAGACAGACUUGCAGAGGCCACCCGAGACUUCAAUGUCAACAGCACUGGCAUGCUCACAAACCCAUCUAACGACAUUAUCGCGUGGGAGAAGUUCCCCAAGCACCUGCGCUCCGGCUUCUCCAAGCGGACAUUGAAAACCCUCGAAAGCUACCCCGCCGACUGGCCAGAGAUUGAGCUCCUCGCCAUCAGCGCUUUCCUCGGCUACCAGAACACCUCUGCCGCCGACCCAAACGACGGGCGCCAGUAUGCAACCAUGGGCGCCGCGCUGUGCAUGCCGCGCUCGCGCGGCAGCGUCACCAUCAAGUCGGCCGACAACGCGGUGAGCCCCAUCAUCGACCCCAACUACUUUGCGGACCCCGCCGAUGUAGAGGUCGCCGUCGCAGCGUACAAACGCGUGCGCGAGUUUUGGACGAAGCCCGCAGUUAAAGCGUUCCGGCCAGACGACGUGGAGGCGUUCCCGGGGCUCCACGUCAAGACCGAUGCGCAGAUCGAGAAGGUUAUCAAGGAGAGCUUCCAGACCAUCUUUCAUGCCUCGAGUACCUGCGCCAUGGGUAAACAGGGCGAUUAUAUGGCGGUUGUGGACAACAAAGCCAAGGUGUUUGGCGUGUCUGGCCUUCGUGUCGUCGACGCUUCUGUCUUCCCAUUCCUCCCGCCAGGGCACCCCAUGAGCACAGUUUAUGCACUCGCUGAGAAGAUUGCCACGGAUAUCACUGGUCGCUAA